AUGGGGGCAAGCAUAUACAGAGAUAGGGCCAUGGGAUCGGGUUGGCUUUUGCCUCUCGCCGAGACAAGACAAGAUGCGGCAGCGGACCAUGAUUCUGAAAAGCGAAAAAUAAGAGACAUGAGUCUCCAACCAACCAAACCACCCACUGCUCUGAUAAGCAGCAGAGGCAGCCCCGAUUCUGCCCCAUCGGAUCAAGGUGCGGUAUUGUGCUCUUCUCUUUGCUGGCUGGCUGGCUGGCUGGGCCACAAUUUGCAUGAAGGGAACCCUGCACGGGGGGAGGGGGUGGCUUUUUUUUCCCCUCGUUGUGCCUUUUUGCUUUGCUCUGGAUCUGUGUGUUUGGGGUUGGGGGGGGGGUCUCGCUCGCAUUCCCGACAUGCAGCAAGCAAGCAAAUGUAGUGUGAGUAUGUGUACUGCUGCGUUAUGUAUGUAUGUAUGUACGAGAUCUUUUGUCUCCGCGAUCGCGCGAAGAAUUGCUACCUAAGAAUGGAUGGAUGGAUGGGAAAGGGAGUCUUGCAUU